AUGGCGCAUCGCGGCGAGACCCUCCACAAAGAUGUAUGCUGUAUUGCAGACCUUAAAGAGCUGGGCAGCAAGCGGUUACCCCCUAUGGUCCGAGACUAUUACAAUGAGGGAGCUAUGGAUCUGAUCACUCUGCGCGAGAAUGAGUCUGCCUACGAUCGCUACCGAAUCAGACCACGAAUCCUAGUCAACGUCGCGGAAAUCGAUACCAGUACCGAGAUUCUUGGUUCCAAGGUCUCUCUUCCCUUCGGCUUCAGCCCCAGUGCCUCCCACCAGCUUGCACACCCAAAGGGCGAGCUAGCAACAUCCCGCGCAGCCGCCAACUAUGGAAUCGCAAUGGGAUUAUCUUCCUACUCUAAUUACGCGUUGGAAGACGUUGCUGCACAAGGUCUUGGAAACCCAUAUGCGAUGCAAAUGUGCGUGCUGAAGGACCGAUCACUUACGAUACAGUUGCUGGAGCGAGCGGAGAAGGCAGGGUACAAGGCAUUGUUCUUGUCGGUAGACGUGCCUGUACUGGGAAAGCGGUUGAAUGAGUACCGAAAUGACUACACAUUGCCGGAGAGCAUGCAAUGGCCCAAUAUUCUCAGCAGUGGAAGCGACCACUCAGACCGCACCGACUACGACCCCAGUUUGGACUGGGAGAGCACUAUCCCCUGGCUGCGGGAGCAUACUUCGUUGCCAAUCUGGCUGAAAGGAGUUUGUUCUCCCGAGGACGUGGAACUGGCUAUCAAGUAUGGGGUUGACGGAGUGAUCGUUUCCAAUCACGGCGGGCGCCAGUUAGACGGUACCCCGUCCACCCUGGAUGCGCUGCGCAUCUGCGCCCCUGUCGCCGCAGGAGGUGGGAUUCCAAUUGCGGUUGAUGGUGGAAUCCGUCGGGGCUCGGACAUUUUCAAGGCACUGGCUCUGGGUGCCAGCUUUUGUUUCUUGGGACGAGUUCCCAUCUGGGGUUUGGCCUAUGAUGGACAAGAAGGAGUGGAGCUCGGGAUCAAGAUUCUGCGCCAAGAAUUAAAGAUUACCAUGGCGUUGGCCGGGUGCCGCAAUAUCGGCGAGAUCCAAAAGAGUUAUUUGUCGGUGCUCCAACCUGAUGGCAUUUUGGCCAAGUUAUAA